CAAUAAUGAGCGAAAUUUUUUUUUUUUAGAAAAUAGCGAGGGAAUUAAUGAGCCCAUUCAUAGUAUGAAAUAGCUUUCACUCGGACUCUUUAAAUUCAAAAUGCAACUUUCUAAGAACUAGACUCCUAUUCACUUCAUCUACACAUUAUUUACCGUAAAUACAUCACCAGGUAACAGAGUUUCAGGAUAGAAUGGCUGGUGCAUUGGAGUUCCGCAAGGCUGACGAUGUUGUGAUCUUGUUGGACCAUGGCCAACUGCGUAAUCUAGCCAGGAUACUGAGACUCCGAGAAGCACCCCUCAUGUCGAAUCUCGGUUCGGAGGUGGAGCGCAUCAAAUACCUCGACCACGUCAAUGACGCUCAUAACAAACUGGUUGAUUUGGUGACCGCGUCCGAGCAACAUACGCAAAGGUAUGAGCAACAGAACAAUCAAUUGAAAGCCGAGAUUGCGAAGGCCAUCGAAGAGUAUGUGGUCCUUGCUGCAAACUGGGCUAUGCAAUGUAUUCGAAAUGUUCUUAUGCGAUUGACCUGUGUCGAAAAGCUUAGGGACCAAUUCGAUGGCCUCGUUGUAGAGCUUGAGAAACUUGAUCAAAAUAACCAAAUUGAUGUUGAAGCUUUGGUUGAAAAAUUGAACAACCUCAAGUAUUAUAUGUGGGAGUACGCCAAUACUACUCGAAGUGAACAAGCCCGACGGAGGUCCCGUGAAUUUUCUGAGAGCUUGAUGAUGCAAGGAAUCACAGUUCCUCAUCUCCUCAGCAGAAAAGCAUCUCAGCUUGGAUUUAAAGGAGAAUUUGAGGACUUGGAAGAACAACAAAAGCUCCAGGUAUACGUGGGUAUCAUCAACGAAUCGAAAAGAGCUGAGCUCCCCGAUCUGUUUAAUAGUAGGUUGAGAAAGCUGGGGAUCUUAGAUAAGAUCGAUAUAGCAAUGCUUGUGGUAAACUCAGCUGUAUUAGUGUGGGACAUACAUACAACCCCAUACAAUCUCGAAAUGGUGGUCCGGGAUGUGACCAAACUGAUAGGAACAGGUUUGGAACUCACUGUGGGCAUCGUUGUCGGAGCAGCCGUGACUACAAUGACCUUUAAUCCAGUAAUCGGCUUCAUAGCUGCUUCGAUCGCAUCGUUUGUGGUUGCUAGCGUAGUCGGCUUUCUCUUUACGGCAGUCACUGGAGGGUUGCUGGACUUCAUAUUUGGAUCCGGGGGUGGAAUUGCUCCACUCAAUAUGGACACCCUUAAGUUUUAUGCUGGUGAAAUGCCCGAUGGCAUGGAAAUUGCCUUUAAUCUUACUAAUAAUCGUAUGCUUGAAGAUUAAUACAUGAUCAUGCAAUUGUUAGAAGUGGUGAGAUUUGUAUUUACACAUACAAAAUUUACCACCCACAUAUUUGUACUUCUUUUAUGUUGUAUAAUAAAGGAAUAUGAUGUUCCUCCCUAAUGUGUAUCUAUGUCGAUGUUUUAGUUCAUCUCUUCAAUCUCAAUGGUGUAUUAUAGAAAAGAUAGAGAAUGAAAGAAUGUUUUAUGUAUUCUCAUUCAAUAAGAAAAUUAAAGAUCAAGUUGUUUACAAGUUA